AGCGCUCGCGGACGACGCCUGCGCAGUGGUCGCCGCCGGCGGGCUGGCUGACGCUGGCGGCUUGAGGGAGUUCCUGCCGGUGGCUGUCACCGCCCCGUUUCUCUCCCGAUGGUGCGCUCCUAAGGCCGGCUGCCUGCGGGCGUCGCCCCGUGAUGGAGCACAUCCGGACGACCAAGGUUGAACAAGUGAAGUUACUUGACCGCUUUAGUACCAACAACAAGUCACUGACGGGAACCCUGUAUCUUACAGCCACACAUCUGCUAUUUAUUGACACUCAACAAAAAGAAACCUGGAUACUACACCACCAUAUUGCCUCUGUGGAGAAGCUUGCCCUGACCACUUCUGGAUGUCCGCUCGUGAUUCAGUGCAAGAACUUCAGGAUUGUGCAUUUCAUUGUUCCCAGGGAAAGAGACUGCCAUGAUAUUUACAACUCUCUGCUGCAACUGUCAAAACAAGGAAAAUAUGAAGAUCUCUAUGCAUUUUCUUAUAACCCCAAACAAAAUGAUUCCGAACGACUGAAGGGCUGGCAGGUCAUUGACCUUGCCAAGGAAUAUGCGAGGAUGGGAGUGCCUAAUGAAAAAUGGAAACUGUCUGAUGCCAAUCGAGAGUACAAGGUCUGUGAGACUUACCCAAGAGAGCUAUACGUUCCAAAGUCAGCCAUCCUGCCAAUGAUCAUGGGUAGCUCCAACUUCCGGAGCAAGGGCAGACUUCCAGUCCUGUCCUACUGCCGGCAGGGCACCGAGGCUGCCAUUUGUCGAUGUAGUCAGCCAUUGUCAGGCUUCAGUGCCAGGUGCCUGGAGGAUGAGAAAUUACUUAAAGCCAUUAGUACAGCCAACUCAGGAAACCACUACAUGUAUGUUGUGGAUACCAGGCCCAAGCAUCGCAUGCAGAGCUGGUGGGAUACACAAAAGGACAUUGGCAGAAUUAUAGUGAGGAUUUCUUCAAAAAUCUGGAAUGAUGAGAAAAUAAGAGAAAGCGAUGAGAAAAAGCGACUGAAUGCAAUGGCUAACAGAGCAGCCGGGAAAGGUUAUGAAAACGAAGACAACUAUUCUAAUAUUAGAUUUCAGUUUGUUGGAAUAGAAAAUAUUCAUGUCAUGAGAUCCAGCCUUCAGAAAUUACUGGAAGUGAAUGGCAACAAGGGUCUUUCUGUCAAUGAUUUCUACUCUGGUUUGGAGAGCUCAGGAUGGCUUCGCCAUAUCAAGGCUGUUUUGGACGCUGCAAUCUUCUUAGCCAAGGCAAUAGUGGUUGAAAAUGCAAGUGUGCUGGUCCACUGUUCAGAUGGGUGGGAUAGGACUUCCCAAGUUUGUUCCCUCGGCUCGCUCUUGUUGGAUUCCUACUACAGGACACUGAAAGGAUUCAUGGUUUUAAUAGAAAAAGAUUGGAUAUCAUUUGGGCAUAAAUUUUCAGAGAGGUGUGGCCAUUUGGACGGUGACCCAAAGGAAGUCUCACCGGUGUUUACUCAGUUCUUGGAGUGUGUGUGGCAUCUGACUGAGCAGUUCCCACAAGCCUUUGAGUUCAACGAAGCGUUUCUUCUUCAGAUCCAUGAGCAUGUUCAUUCAUGCCAGUUUGGGAACUUCCUUGGGAACUGUCAGAAGGAAAGAGAGGAACUCAAGUUGAAGGAGAAGACUUACUCCCUGUGGCCUUUUCUUUUGGAUGACAAACAGAAGUACUUAAAUCCUCUCUACAAUUCCAAAUCUGAGAGCUUGACAGUCUUGGAGCCAAAUACAGUUUCUUUCAAUUUUAAGUUUUGGAGAAACAUGUACCACCAGUUUGAUCGGACACUCCAUCCUCGACAGUCUGUAUUGAACAUAAUUAUGAAUAUGAAUGAGCAAAACAAGCAGUUAGAGGAAGACAUUAAAGACCUAGAGUCUAAAAUUACACAAUGCAAAAAUGGCAUCCUAACGAAGGACUUGCUGCAUCCGCACCCUGAAUCACCUGCCCUCAAAACCUCCCUGUGUCUGAAAGAGCAGAGUCUGCUUCCGGUGAAUGACACACUUCGGGCUAUAGAGGGCAGCAACCCAGCAGAUAAUCGGUACUGUGACUUCCCUGAGGAGUUUUCUAAGUCGGAGCCUGCGGUGGUCAGCUUGGAGUAUGGUGUGGCAAGAAUGACUUGUUAGAUUCCUUCAAGUGUCUCCUGGACUGACUGUAGUGUAAGAAAUAUGUACUCGUGAGAAUGGUUUGUACACGUGGGCAGGGGGAUUUAUUCAGUGAUUUGGGGCUUAACAGCAGGUGAACAGUUGAAGAAAGGAUCAUAACUGCUCUUGAGAGGAAUAUGUCGGCUAAGUGCUGCUUGUAGUAAGAGCGAUACUUAUCUCUGUAGGAAGUGAGUGGUGUUGGGUGCAUGUACUGGGAAUGACUUGCACAAUACACCAGUGAGGUGACAGUCUGUUGAUCAGAUGUUAGUUACAGCCGAGCUCAAUUCGCUUUCUUUAAGUGUAAUUUAACUCUGAGAGGACAGACCUAAUAAUGCGAACCCUUAAUGACUGACAUGGCAUGUGCGUCAGGAGACGUGUGACUGUUUGUGGAUUUUGCCAUUUAGUGAUGUUUUAACAUUGAAGUGCCAUGAGAAGUACUUCUGAAAUGGCCUUAAAGUAAAUUCUCAGUUUAUUCUUUAGGUUUUACAGCCAAGGGCAUGAUGUCUAAUUUCUCCUUUAUUCAGCCUUACUUUAUGAAAAGAACUGCACUCUCAUUACUUGAGGGUUGUACGCUGCAGUGCUCCUGCAUAGAAAGCUGUAGACUCCAGUAAAUCGUAAUUGGCCAACCCCAACCGUAUUCAAAGUUAGCACCUCUGAGGCUUUGUUCUGGUUGUCAUUUGUUUCAAGCUGCAGCUGACAGUUCAUUAUUUGCAGCUUAGAGGACUGAUUUCUUAGACAAGUAUAAGCACAUUUGGCAUUUACUUUGGGAUUACUGUAUUCUGUUAGCUCUUGCUUCGUGCUUUACUCCUUUGAGAACUGUCCACUUAAAGUGGCGAGGCUCUAGAGCGUUCUGAGUGCUAACUACAUGUAACUGCCUGAUUUCCUAGAACAUUUCUCUUUCGUGUCCCUACCUACACACUUUGAGGUAAAGCGAAAAGGGGCAUAUGGAGAGUGGAGAUUUUGCUUGGUUAUGUGAUUUUUGAAAGCAAUCAUUUUUAUGUGAAAUAUAUUUCUUUUCUCUUAAAUAUAGAAGGGACAGGAAGGGAGCACACUGAGGGGAGCUGGUUAAUGUCCAACAAAAGCAGCUUGAACUCUGAAAAGGAUUUUGUUUGCUUUGUUAUGGUCAUUGUUUAUUCUGUGCACUAGGAUAUACAUAUCUUUUCCAAAAACCACUUUCUAUUGACAGUAUUACCAGCUGGCUUUUAAACAAAUGACACGAGGUACAGUUCAAGGGCACUAAGAAAUCUGCAUAACUUAUUUUACAUAUCUCCUGAUUGCACCUAUAUCUGUAAUAUUUCUUAUAUUAGUUUUGAAAAAGAAGAAAGCUUUAUUGUAUGUGAUUUUUAUCUAGUUCUGUUUAUUUUUCCAGUUCACUUCCAUAAGACCUUAUGUAAUAAAAACACUGCAUUUUAAAAAGUAACAGAAAUGUACUAUAAAACUAUAGCAUAUAAUUAAUGGUGUUUAGACAUUGAGAAAGGAAACUUAAUCUCUGUGGCCACAACAGGAAGCUUUUGUGCCUUGGUUCCAUCAGGUUGUGGUUUUUGACUCUUCUAUGGCAGACUUCGUAUAGUCAUCAUUUUGGUUCAUUAUGCUAAUCUUCAACUUCACAUGUACAUAUGUGUUUACAUGCUCACACAUAGAUAACAUCCUGGGUAACAUACAGGACAUAUGUUGACAAAAGUCUGUGUAAAUGUCUUAUAAAAUUGGAUUUAUGUUCAUUGUGUUUUGGGAUGUAUAGCAUGUAAAUUAUUUCAUGUAUUAUUUAAAGGCAAUUAAAUGUUCAUGUUUUA